CUUUUUUCUUUUCCCGGAAGGAACAAAGAGAUAGACGCUUUUUUUUUGGUUGGCUCUCAUGUUUGAGAAAUCACUGACAGACCUCAUUCGAGGGAUUCGUGCCAACAAGAAGAAUGAACAGAAAUACAUUGCAGUCUGCUUGCAAGAUAUCCGCAAUGAAGUCAAGUCCAACGACUCUGAUAUCAAAGCAACCGCCGUGGCCAAAUUAACUUAUCUGCAAAUGCUUGGUUAUGACAUGUCGUGGGCUUCGUUCCAUAUUGUUGAAGUCAUGUCGAGCCCCAAAUUCAUCCAUAAACGCACGGGGUACUUGGCCGCCACCCAAUCGUUUCAGCAAGAUACCGACGUUCUCAUGCUGACGACGAACCUCAUUAAAAAAGACUUGGCUUCCCCGACAGCCCUGGAUAUCGGUAUCGCCGUCAAUGGCCUGUCGCACAUUGUCACUCCUGAAUUGGCACGCGACUUGUGCCAAGAUUUGGUCGCCAUGUUGAAUCACUCACGACCUUACAUUCGCAAAAGAGUUGUACUUGUACUAUACAAGGUGUUCCUAAAGUUUCCAGAAGCACUGCGACUUAGCUUUCCGAGAAUCAAGGAAAAACUCGAAGAUCCCGAUCCAUCUGUCGUUUCAUCUGUGGUGAGCGUCAUUUGUGAACUGGCUCGUAAAAAUCCAAAAAACUAUCUGUCACUCGCACCGCAACUUUUCAAACUGUUGACCACCUCGUCCAACAACUGGAUGCUCAUCAAGAUUAUUAAAUUAUUUGCAUCCUUGACGCCGCAUGAACCUCGUCUGAUCAAAAAGUUACUUCCCCCGUUAACGUCGCUGAUCCAAACUACGCCAGCCAUGUCACUCUUGUAUGAAUGCAUUUACACCGUCAUCACCGGUGGCUUUUUGGAAGCGGCAGGUGAUGCCAGUCAUGCGCUGGCCAUGACCUGUGCCACGAAACUGCGAAAAUUCUUGGAGGAUGCCGAUCAAAACUUGAAAUAUGUGGGAUUGCUGGCCAUGGGUAAAUUGCUGUUGACGCAUCCCCGUUUGGUGGCGGAACACAAGGACAUCAUUCUUGAAUGCAUCGAUGAUGAUGAUAUGAGUAUUCGCAUUCGCGCCCUGGAUUUGGUGGUUGGCAUGGUGAACCGUAAAAAUACAAUCGAUAUCGUCAAACGGCUUGUAGCCCAUCUGUCGCCGGUGCAUUCAACGACGACGCCAGAAUCGUUGCAUGAAGCUUCCACUAUUUUGGAUCCCGUCUAUCGAACGGAUAUUGUAAACCGCAUCCUAUUUAUCUGCGGUCAAAAUCAAUACCACAAUAUCACCAAUUUCGAAUGGUACAUUUCAGUCCUCGUGGGCAUGAUAUAUACAUCGGGUGUCAGUGUGGGGGAGUCACUGAAACAUCAUUUGAUGGAUGUGGCCGUACGUGUCAAGAGCGUCCGAGAAUACGCUGUGAAAGAAAUGUUCCGUCUACUGGGCGAUAAACAAACCCUUGAAACCGCGAAACGACGCGAUUCAAACAUCGAAGUGUUGGCAGCAGCCGCUUGGGUGUGUGGCGAAUAUUGCAAUUUCUUGGAUGAUAUUCCCGCCACCCUGGAACGGUUACUCACACCUUACGUGGUCAAAAUGCCAAUGAGCGUACAAAUAGUCUAUGUACAAAAUAUCAUGAAAAUCUAUGCUUAUUGGGUCAGCGAAUUGAUCCCUCAAUGGAAUGCGGAACUGCAAGAAGAAUUUGUCAAGGUCACACACGUCAUGAGGGAAAAACUUCAAAUGUUUAUUCAAAGCUCAGAUCUCGAAGUACAAGAACGCGCAUGUAAUAUGAAAGCGAUAUUUGACUUGAUUCUCUCCUCUGUGGAGGAAUCGGCCGGAGAACAAGCACCACCGUUACUACAAGGCUUACCGGACUUGUUCUUUAUCUAUGAACUCAAUCCAGUGGCCCCCAAAGCACAGAAGAAAGUCCCUAUACCCGAAGGCUUGGAUUUGGAUGCGUGGAUCAACGAGCCACUGCCUGAGCUUGUGGAUGAUGAUGAUUCCGACGACGGAUCCCACGAUGGUCUACCCACCGAAACACGAACCAAACGUCGAUCAAACAAGUCCAAAAAGGCCAAGGCUUACAGCAGCGAUGAAGAUGAAGAAGAUCGCCAACAGCGACGCAAUGCGCGGUUGGAAGCGAUACGCAACGAUCCUUAUUACAUCGCGUCAGAUAAAAAGGACCGGCGCAGUCGAGAUCAACUUUUGGAGUUGGAGGACGAUGUGGAUUCCAUUCCUAUCGUUACCCUAUCUAUGGACGAUAUUCACACUGGAUCCCGCAAGAAAAAGGGUAAAAAGCAAAGCACCAAAAAACGACGAGCACGUUUGCCCACACCACCCCCGCCCAUCUACGCAGAAGAAGAGAUGCCGGAAAAUGCGGCGGAUUCAGCCAGUGACAAUGAUACCUCCAAAAAACCUACUACCUAUACAAAAAAGAACGGACGCGACAUUUUCGCUACGGAUGAAGAUCAAUUGCAUGACGUGGAUCUGUCCAAACCUCUAGGCGAAGAUGAACAGUUCCCUCAAAUUCAAGCCUAUCUUAGUCCCGAAGAAGUUCGCCGUCGUGAAGAAUUGCAAGCACGCGCACGGAGGAAGGAACAAAGGGCCUUAUCCCGCCAACAGGAAAACGAGCCUGCGAAAUCGUCCAAAAAGAGCUCACCCAAAGAAGGCUCAUCCAAAUCGGGCAAAAAGGAGAAAAAGACGAAAAAGGAGUCAUCCACCAAAAAGUCGAAAAAAUCCAAGAAGCGAGACAGCGGCGACCACCAGGAGCCACCAUCCAUGCCUCCUUCUUUGGAUGAUAACGUACGGCACGCGCUGGCGGACGGGCAACAAACCGAAACCAAAUCGCCUCAAUCACUGUUUAGCAACGAUCAAGUGGAUGUGAGUUACACAAUGGAACUAGCCACUGAUGCAACUGAUGCGACGGAUGCCAAGGAGAAUCCUGCCGUGGCCAUUCGAUUCAUCGUUCGAAACAAAACGACGGAUCUCAUGCUGCCGCGACUGCAGUUGCAUUUCAACGAGUCCCUGGACUUGAAACCAAUGGAGACCAAAGAAGGAUCGGAACUGGCCUCCGUCUCGGAAACAUUCGAAAUGCAAGCGGGCGAAACCAUCGAAUGCAUGGGCGUCUACCAAGUGCAAGGCGGACUGGUGCCUGACAUGGUGUUACGCGGUGAAUUGCAAUAUGAUGUAGAGGGAUCUUAUGAACUGCAUCAACAUGGAUUGGAACUGCGUGUACCUGUGAGUGUGUUCUUUUUAAAAUCAUCGACAUUAGAUCCUGCAAGUUUUGCGUCUCUGCUUGCCGAGCAUGGCGCGGAAUUCGAAUAUCAGGACAGCGUUACGGUGCAAGUCCCUGAAGACAGGGAUGCAUCGGUUGAGCAAACCCUUAUCCGAGCACUAGCCUCUGUAUCUUUGACGAGUGGCCUUCACGUCGUGGAAGUGGUUCCGGGGGCCGCGUCUCUGUACGCACAGUCGGUCAAUGGAGCCCAUGUUGCCGGUCUUUUGAAAUACGUCCUGGAAACAGAGGGAGAUACACCAGGAUUGGCGGCGACGAUCACCGUGACACUAAAAAGCACCGAUGAAGAGAUACUGAAAGGCAUAGCUACAUUAAUUUCGUCUAUUUCCGUACAAUAAACCGAUAAAAGGAGAUCGCCAAUCCUGUACUGAUGUUGAUUCACGUGAACCCUUUGGAGAAAAAAUCGACACCCAUAAAAUUCACCGAAGCUAUAAAACUUUGAUCCGUUCAUCCACCCGUCGAAUUUAUUUUUCUGUUUGCUUUUUCCCUGUCCACUAAUUCCAC